GACGAUUGUCCGAUGAAAAGGGAUAGUAUUGCGCUACAUUUGUGCGAUGAUUAUUAGUGUUUAGGCACCAUUGAUACCUAAAUCGUUCAGAGACGUUGUCACCUCCGGUUGUAGUGGGUUAAUUCUUUAGCUGCUGUUGUAUGCCCUUCGGGAAGCUUUGCGUAAGUUGCUAAAGGCCUGUUGCGAAAUGGUUUUAGCAGACAAGAACGAAACGGUCCGAAAUGGGCGGCGCAGUCGGGGGCCGAGCCCCCAAAACGGAAACGUGCAACUUGAGUCCACUAGCGAAGAAGAAAGCCCGGUUCCAGUGGACAAAAUACGGGUGGGGCGCGAUUUCCAAGCAACGUGCCCCGAAUUGCAGCCCGAGGCCCAAAGGAGGCCCGAACAGCUGGCCGAUCGAGCUCUGCUAGUUUGGUCUCCGACUGAAGCCAUUCCCGACAUCAAGCUCGAGAACUACAUAGUACUGGCCAAAGACAAGUAUGGGUACAAUGGGGAGCAGGCUUUGGGGAUGCUUUUUUGGCAUAAACAUGAUCUGGACAGAGCCAUGUUGGAUCUCGCCAAUUUCACGCCUUUCCCCGACGAAUGGUCAGUGGAGGACAAAGUAUUGUUUGAACAGGCCUUCCAGUUCCACGGCAAAAGUUUUUAUCGAAUCAGGCAGAUGCUUCCAGAUAAAUCGAUAGCCAGCUUAGUGAAGUACUACUACAGUUGGAAGAAGACACGCUCUAAAACGAGUUUAAUGGAUAAGCAGGCGCGUAAAUUGAACAAUUCAAAAGGAGAAGGAGGAGCAGCUGAGGAGGGCGAAGAGCAUGGCUCUAACGAGGACUCCGACCAUGACGAGAAGAGAUGGACGUUUCAUCGGGGCAUAAAUCGUAAAAGCGGCACCUCGAGUAGAACCGGCCAAUCGAGCAGAGACUCUGCCACACAGGGCGAGGGGGGCACCUGUUCAAACUGUGGAGUGUUUUGUUCCAUCACCCAUCGGAAUCCGAAAGGACAUCUAUGUAACAGCUGCUAUCAGCAUUGGAGACGAACAGGCACGGCUCGACCGACGUCGGGCCCAGUGAUUGGUCGAAAAAAUGGGGGUCCUGGGGGGCCGAGGGCGCGGGGUAAGCCCCCCAAAGGAAUGCACAUCAACCACGACGACCUGGCAACGAUGGCUUCCGGUAACGCCGGGACCUUGUUGCUGCGCCGAAUGGAGAGAGAGUUGGAUUCCCUCCAAAGACAAAUUCAACAGAACAAGCAAACGGUCAGCUCCUUGAAGCGUAAACACGCUGACACAGUGGACGAGCUAAGGCCCAGCGACGAAAAGCAGCGCAACAACCCGCGCUGGAGCAAUGAAGAGCUCAUGUUGGCCGUCCAGGGGUUCCGUAAGUACGGCAAAGAUUACAAAGCGAUCGCCGAAAUGAUGGGCAACAAAACUGAACAGUACGUUCGAACCUUUUUUGCCAAUUACCGCAAAAAAUACAACCUGGACCAGCUGAUUAAGGAUUGGGAACGAUCAAACGGUCAUUCGCCCGAGGAUGCCGCGGAAGAUAACGACGACGUGAUCUGUCUUUCGCCCAGUCCCAGUAAAAAGGAAUGCUUGAAGAAUGGCGGCAAAGUGGUGGCCGGCCAUGCGACAAAAUGAUUCCAUAGUUUCGAAAGGUUUCAUCAGUACUCCGCGCACAGGCGGUUUUCCUAGCUAAUUUUCUCUACUGAGUGAUUGGCGUCACUCAGCUACACCGUAAGUUAAUCUUAGGGACUGUAAAUUCUGAUUAUUCUUAGUAAUAUUUGAUAAAGCGUUGCAAUUUAGUUUAAAUUAGUCGAUUAGGCUUAAGCGAAUGGGAAACAAAAUAAGCACUUUGCUUACACCGCCCCCGAGAAAUUCCAAGGUCCAUCGGGGGUCGUUCUCAAUAUUUGUAAUUCUGUACCAAAGUGUAAAUAGUUACAGAACAAUCAAGAUGUCGAUUUAUUUUUUUAUAUGUGCAUUUUUCCAAAUUGCGCAAUGUAGACUACACAAGUAUUCAAUUUAGUACAUGUACUAAUAUAAGCAAGCUAAUUUUCAGCAUUGUUUUGCUACCCUUUUAAACGUAAGAUUUAGUCGUUAAAAUUGAUAUCAGUAGGCUAGUUUUUGUCUUAUUUCAUUAAUAAAACUGUAAAAAUGAG